AUGAUUGUUCCUCUUUUCAAUGUUUCAACAGCACCGCUAGCUGGAAACUUUGGUUUUAUCCGAACAUAUACUGAAGGAGAAAACGUCACACGUGGAUGCAGCGUAACAAACUACAGAAGGCAGAAGUUCUUCUGUAAGAACGAAUGUAAAAAAGAAGAGGACAUCAUCAUUGAAACAGAUGAGAACAGAGCUCAGAGUGGCAGAUACAGCAUCGAAUAUAAAGAAGGAUCUGCAUUUGGACUGUAUGUGAGCGUCACACAGGUGACCAAGUCAGACACAGGACAGUACAGGUGUGGUUACGGCAGAGCUCUGUCUCCAGAUUCAUCCAACAGGAUUAAAUUCAUGGUCAUAGAUGCUCCGACCACUUCAAAACCAGACUUGAAUCUUGGACCAACAUCAGUCCCAUCAGCCUCCACACAAGCAACAACUCAGAGCUCCAGUUCGGGAAGUUUCACAUCUUCACCAGCUUUCCCUGAAACCACCAACCAGCCGACAGUUCUCUCCUAUGUCCCUCACUCAGGUUACUUCUUGCCUCUGGUUGUGUGCGUGCUCUUGGUUUGUGGCCUGUUGGCUGUUUUUCUGCUGGUCAUCUACAAAUGGAAGAAAAGGAGGAACAUUGAUCUGACCAGCAGAGGAAAUGCUGGCAGCGUACAGAUGGAGGUGACUAUGUUUGUUUUGUCUCUGUUUACCUCGGUUUCAAUGGUUAAGAUUGAGAACUUGGACUUAGACUUGGAUUGA